CAAUCUCUCCCACAGUGCGGUGGCGUCCGUUGAUAACGAGUACCUCUCGCACACCGCUGCAAACUGAUCAAUCCGUAACGUCGGGUGCGCAAAACACACGAUCAUCUACAACCAUUCUCGAAACUCGAGCUGAUACGCAGUAGCGCUCAUCUUCCCUGUGAGCUGCACGAUCCCAGCGCGAUCAGUCCCUUGGCAGACGACGACCGAACAUCCUCCCGACAGGCUCGCAAGAACCGUGGUGCUUACCCGUGAGCUCCCAAGCACCAAGCGAAACAGUGUUCGCGCAGUGUCCUUUCAGUUUAUCCCCGUAUCUACCGUACAGCUUCUACACGAUCCUGCCGAACAAGUGUUUGCCGUGCAUCAGUGCGUUCACCAAAGAUGCUGUGCUCAGUGUAACCAGUAAAUCAGCACCAGGCAAAGGUCUGUAGCCAAUACCUCUAGCGACGCCCAUGCCCAUCGCUUGUCAGUGUACCGGAGCAAACGGAGCGCAGUGAUUAUCGUGCUGGGAGCACCGAUUCCCGACACGGUUCGAACUUCUCCGCUGUGGUUCAGUGCAUGCGCGCCAACAUCGAGCCAAAGUGUGCUGAUUCUUUUGUCCGCAUCGUGAUUCUGCUGCUGUGGUGUGCACGGAAAGUUUACCGUAUCGAACGGCUCCACUGAUUGGACGAGAAAGCGAACUGGCCGUCAGCGGUCAGUUAUCAACGUCGAUAGUGCGAAGAGUUCUCGCCUUCUCCAGCUUCCGAGGCACAAGGUGUGUUGCUGGACGGCGGCACACAGCGAGCGCAAGAGAAGAUGCUUAAUCCCGUGCUAGGUGCCGUGUCAGCAUUCUGACCCAACCAUCGACGAUUGUACGGCGAGGCAACGUCCUAUACAGCUAGUGUCCGUGUAUGUGUGUGUGUGCGUGUCCUUCGUGUCCUCAAUCUGUUUGGUGUGUUUUUUUUUACCGGAACGAAGGAAACUGCUGUGUUGAGUGGUGGCUGUGGGACACUAAGAACGGUGCGCUCAGAUUAAAGCCCGCAUCGCAGUGUGAGUGAGCAUUCCUUCAGCAGACGAGCAAAAGUGAGACUAGUGAGCUAGUAGUGUACGCGACUUUGUACACUAAGGUACGCUAGGGCAGUGAACAGUGGGCAAAUACAUACUUACACACUCAUCAGCUGAGCCACGACAUCGUCCGGUUAAAACAUCCGCCACCGAAAAAGAAACCCCACACGCACACACAAAACACAAACAUACACAAUGGCGUUAGACUUUACGCGCCGUCAGUGGUUGACGCUGAUGAUUAUGGGACUGGCCGACUUUUGUAAUGCGAUCUGCGUGAGCUUACAAGCACCAUUCUUCCCGAACGAGGCUGAAUCGAAAGGAGCGACGGCCACCGAGUACGGGCUCGUGUUUGGCAUCUUCGAGCUGGUGGUGUUCAUCAUCUCGCCCAUCUACGGCCAGUACAUCAACCGGAUCGGGCCGAAAGUAUUAUUCAACAGUGGCAUCUUCACCACCGGCACCUCGGCCAUCCUGUUCGGGUUGCUGGAUCGCGUGCCGGGCCACGUGCCCUUCAUAACGCUCGCAUUCGUGAUACGCAUCGUGGAGGCGCUUGGAAAUGCCGCCUUUCUGACCGCUUCGUUUGCCAUUAUUGCCAAAGAGUUCCCGAACAAUGUGGCUACCACCUUCGCAUCACUGGAAACGUGCUUCGGGCUGGGAUUGAUCGUUGGACCGAUGGUUGGCGGAGCGCUGUACACUGUCGGUGGCUACUAUUUACCGUUUGUCGUACUCGGAUCGGCUCUCUUCAUAACGGCCAUCUUGACACUGUGCAUUCUGCCAAAGCAUCCGAAUGAGGAGCCACCGAAUCGGGAAAAGUCUGCCUCACUGCUCACCGUGCUGAAGAUACCUGGUGUCGUCGUCUGUGCGCUUGCUAUCUGUGCCACCAGUGCAUCGAUCGGAUUCCUAAGUGCCACCAUGGAACCACACCUGCGACAGUUUGACCUCAGCCCAAUUCUUCUUGGUGUCGUGUUCGUCAUCAAUGGAGGAGUGUACGCUCUAACAGCUCCCAUCUGGGGCUGGGGUGUGGACAAGUUCCUGAACCCGAAAGUUGUCUCGGCCGUGGGAUGCUUCCUGGUUGUCGGUGGGUUCUGCAUGGUUGGACCCGCGUCAUUCAUCCCACUAGACACGAACCUUUCAUACGUCAUUACCGGACUGGUGCUACAUGGACUAGGGAUUGCAGCGGUGCUUGUUUCCAGCUUCACGGACGCACUGAACAUCUCAAUCAAAAAAGGACUUCCAGACAACAUCGAAACUUACGGACUCAUAUCGGGUCUGUGGACGUCGACGUUCGCGUUUGGAGCAUUCGUUGGACCGUCCGUCAGUGGGUUUCUGUUCGAUGCAAUUGGGUUCCGCGCAUCGACCGUGUUUAUCAUCGGGCUACAGCUAGUCGUCGGCAUCAUCACCAUUCUGUUCCUCUGUUUCGAACGAACACCAGCGCCCUACAAAGAAAUUUCCUCCGCCGAGUCACUGAUCAAGCCAACCACCAGCUCACAGGAUGGUGAUUCGCAUAACGAGAGCAGUGCCAGCCGUACCAGCAGUCUCGACAUCACCUAUCGGGGCAACAAGUCGGGAUUCUCCGGCAGUCAGAGUUCGCUCAUCGGUUCCUGGCGCCCGUCGGUAAACAAUCUGCUAAUCAGCAACAGCUAUCAGAGCAAACAAGGACACUGGGCACGUUCCGUCACGGAGCUAGAGACGAACAGCGGCACACAGUACGGAACGCACUACGGAAGCUUUGACGCCCGGCCCGGUUAUCACGAUACGAUGGCCUAGUUGCCACAUGCUGCUGUGCAUCGUGCGUCCCAUGUUCCGGUCAGCGUCGCUGCCGAAGGCUCCGAUGCCGGCAACGGCGAUGCAUGACCUUGCGGAUCGGUAUUUUCUGCUUGCUGCCUUUGUUUCGCUCACCCAAGCGCACACUAUACCUGCCAAAAGACAACCAGCUUAACUAGUUGUAACUACCUCCUGCGUGUCAGAAGCGCACACGUCCUGCGGAUGGACAAUUUUCUUACGUCGUCACUUACGCUACACGGACGGCACACCAUACUCUCUUCAGUCCAGCGAUCCUGGAACACUACAACACUCAUUCUCCACUAAACGGUCUCACUCAACAGUCGACGGAAAAGCUCCCCUUGCUGACAGACGAUAUAGCUACAGAGGUGAAACAGACUGUUGGCAGGUUUCAACAGCUAUCAGCUUCAACGAUAAGACUCUUCCAGGUUUGCAACUGUACGUCAGACCACCCAGCAAAUCGUGCCGCCCAUUUCACCGCUCAUGCGUUCCGAACACGAACAAGAUAUUCAUUUUCGACCUUUAUUUUUAAUGCAACCCUCUCCUGUGCCAACACUUCCCUGUGCCCCCUUCGCUCUAUCCUGUCGCAUGCUUAGCGUCGCUUGAUUACUCGCUCCUGCCCCUGACCUCUGGUGCCUGCAGUCUGCAAUACCAUCGUUUUGUAUCAGUAGCGUCCAACAGUUGCACAGCUGCGUCUGAGGUAGACACCCUGUCCAAGCAGCCUGACCUGCAGUUGCAAUUUGACGCGUACGAUCACGACGGUUGGCAUGGAGCGAGCGGCAGUGUAAUCUAGCAUUAUGUGUGAUGUUGAUAAGUUUUGUGCGGUGUGAAAUGAGAGUAUGUUAGAUAAGGCAUGUGAGCAAACACACAAGUAGAAAGGAAAUAAAAUAUUGUAUUUAUAAUCAACAGA